GCCGUGAACCAGCUGGAGAACAAAGCCAAAGAGUACAACAUGCAGGGUGAGCAUGCCGAGUCUGUGAAGACUGGCAGGGAGGUGGUGACCCAGGCUUUCUCGGUGCUCUAUCGUGGCCGCGUGGUGGAAUCGUGGAACGGCGUUGCAAGCUCAGACGUCGUGAGGAUCAGGACGUCUCUCGUGAGCAUCCAGAAGUCGAUGUGUGCCCAGAGCCUGACGCCUUCGAAGGUGCUCGGCGGGCUACUCACUGACGUGUUCAGGAAGGGGCUCCGCUCGCAG